AUGUAAGACACAAUGGGCAGCCAGGGAAGCCCGGUGAAAAGCUAUGACUACCUUCUGAAGUUCCUCUUGGUGGGAGACAGCGAUGUGGGCAAAGGGGAGAUCCUGGACAGCCUGCAGGAUGGAUCUGCUGAGUCCCCAUACGCUUACAGCAGCGGCAUCGACUAUAAAACCACCACCAUUCUUCUGGACGGGAGGAGAGUGAAGCUGGAGCUUUGGGACACGUCAGGACAGGGGAGGUUCUGCACCAUCUUUCGCUCAUAUUCCCGUGGAGCUCAGGGCAUCCUGCUGGUGUACGAUAUCACCAACCGGUGGUCGUUUGACGGCAUCGAUAGAUGGAUCAGAGAGAUUGACGAGCAUGCACCAGGCGUUCCUCGGAUCCUGGUGGGUAACCGGUUGCACCUGGCCUUCAAGCGGCAGGUCCCCACCGAGCAGGCCAGAGCGUACGCCGAGAAGAACGGCAUGACCUUCUUCGAGGUGAGCCCGCUGUGCAACUUCAACGUCAUCGAGUCGUUCACGGAGCUGUCGAGGAUCGUCCUCAUGAGGCACGGCAUGGAGAAGUUCUGGAGGCCCAACAGAGUCUUCAGCCUCCAGGACCUCUGCUGCAGAGCCAUCGUGUCCUGCACGCCGGUCCACCUCAUCGACAAACUCCCGCUGCCCGUCGCCAUCAAGUCCCACCUCAAGUCCUUCUCCAUGGCCAACGGCAUGAACGCCGUCAUGAUGCACGGACGCUCGUACUCGCUGGCCAACCCGGCCGGCGGCUCCAAAGGAAACAGCCUGAAGCGCUCCAAGUCCAUCCGCCCGCCGCAGAGCCCGCCACAGAACUGCACCCGCAACAACUGCAAAAUCUCCUAACUCAGAGGGACGUCGCAGCCGGGGGAGCUGCGAUCAGAGCAGGAAUUAUGGGUAAAGGGACAAAUAAGGUAAAAUAAUUGACUGGUGGGGGGAUUUAAGCGGUGCCUCAUGAUACCACGAGACCACAGACUCUUCUGUCCUCAGAUGUGAUUCUACGUCACUACAUGUAAAAAGACUGCAGACCCCCUCCUGUCUGAGCGCAGGAGUGUUUGCUCAUGUACAGACCCCUCCCUCCCUCCCUCCCCCCACCCCACCCACUCCCCUGACUCCAACACCAUAUUCACUCACUCUACAUGGUGCACGAUGUGUCUGUGCAUCACAGAGCAAUGCUUCACUUUAUAUCUCACCUUUCUUCUGUCCGUCUGUCUGCUCCUAACACCACCUUCUCCUCUGUUUAUUUGCUAUUUUAUUGACCAAUAAGCUACAAAAUCAAGAUGCUAUUACCCGUCAGUCCGUUAUUGAUCCUCAGCAGGGUGAACACUCAGCGCUCCGGAAGCUGAAACACAACAGGAAACACUUCAAAUCCUGUGCGACAAGACGACGUGAAAUACACUCGUGUCAGUAGAAGUUCUAAUUUGACGGAUUCACACUACACAGUUUUAUGUUUAUUCUAGUCAUGGGGCGUUCAAGGGCCUGGAGCAGCAGUA